AUGGCGUCUUCCGCAAGCCAUUCCGAAGUCCCCCCGGUUCCUGCGCCGUCGAACCCGGUCCUCCUUAAAACACAGGCGCAUUGGUACUUCACCGAUGACGAGCUCACACGCACGCCCUCGCAGCUGGAUGGCAUGGCCAUGGAGGCAGAGCAUAUGAGCCGCAGCAAGGGCGUCAACUUCAUCAGCCAGGUGGGUAUCAUGCUGAAGCUACCGCAACUCACGCUCGCGACCGCCGCCGUUUAUUUCCACCGGUUCUAUAUGCGACACAGCAUGGUCGACCUGCCGCAACGACCUGGCAUCCAUCCCUACACGACUGCGGCGGCCGCGCUGUUUUUGGCUACGAAAGUGGAGGAAAAUGUGCGGAGGAUGAAAGAGCUGGUGGUGGCUUGCUGCCGGGUGGGACAGAAGCAGCCCAACAUGGUCGUGGACGAGCAGUCCAAGGAGUUCUGGCGAUGGCGCGAUACCAUCCUGGUUCAUGAAGACAUUGUCCUGGAAGCGCUCUGUUUCGAUCUGCAGCUCGAGCAACCGUACCGCAUCCUCUACGACUUCAUCUGCUUCCUUUCCAUGCAAGAUAACAAGCCGCUCCGCAACGCCGCAUGGGCCUUUGUCAACGAUUCUGGAUACACCGUCCUGUGUUUACAGUUCACCGCCCGCACCAUUGCGGCCGCUGCUCUUUACGCUGCCGCGCAGCACUGUGACGUCGGGUUCGAGGACGAUGUGCUCGGGCGGCCGUGGUGGGAGCAGCUCGAUGUGGAACUGCCCCAGGUGCGUCGCGCAUGCAUGCGCAUGGCCAAGCUAUAUGAGAACAAUGCCGCGAAUCGACAUACCCUGUACUACUUGACCAACCCCAUCAGCACAGACGAGGGUACUGAGAAGACCAGGAUCCCGCGCGCAGGCGGCCCAACAGACACGACGCGUGCGGCCGAUGCCGUGCGUGAGAGCGACGCCGUCAACGGUCGGAAGCGCUCGAGGGAACCCGACACGGCGGUUCCUCUGGCCCCGACAACCGACUCGACACAGCCGCCAGACCCCGGCCCGACGACGCAGAACGGCGGACGAUCCCCCAAGCGGCCACGGACGGAUUCGGAGGGCACGUCUAUCGGGAGGGUUCCGUCGUCGCGCAUUCCUAAGGCGCCGGUCCAGGACCGCCAGCCCGCGAACGGCCACGGUCCUGCGGCUCCGUAUUCGCACGCCUACCCAACAUCGUCUCGCCCCCCGCAUCCCUUACCACCGCCCCCGCGGCCCUUCGCCCGCCGGGACAGUACGAGCAGCCGGCCGGGAGGAGGGAACCCGGGGGUGCCCGUCGAUCCGAUCCAGCAACGGAUCGACGAGAUUGUGCAACAGAACAUGCCUUCGCAGAGCGGGCCCGGCCGGGCGGACCGGCGACCCCAGGAACGACCCCGGAGCGACUGGCCUCAGGAGCCCGACCCGGCGCGACGACGACGGCCGUCUGGCUCCACGGGUGGCCGGCCACCGCCGCCGGAUGAACCACAGCCUUCGCUAUCCCUACCAUCGCCCCCUCCGCCGCCGCCUCCGGAAGAGCAGCCGGAGCCGCCCCAGGCGCCCGAACCGGAGGACGACGGGGGUGGCAGCGAGGAGGGCGAGCUCUGA